CUGUUCUGGACACAUCUCAAGGGCUGGGUGCCUCGUCUUCAUCGGGAUCCUUUAAUCCGGGCAGAAGCGCUAUCACUUUUUUCCUUGAGUCAUUGAAAACACAACGAGGGCGUCACUGCACCGUGAUGUUGAGGUCUGUAUUUAGGUGCCUUAGGAUCAAUCCCGUUGCUGGCCACAGAAGUAUGUCUCAGAGCAGUCUAGCUGGGAAGGUAGCCAUAGUGACUGCCUCCACAGAUGGAAUCGGCCUGGCUGCAGCUCAGGCUCUGGGCAAGAGAGGGGCCCAUGUGGUCGUGAGCAGCCGGCGGCAGGCCAACGUGGACAAAGCUGUGGCGCUGCUGCAGAGCCAGAGCAUCCAGGUGACUGGAACCACCUGUAAUGUUGGCAAGGGAGAGGACAGAGAGAAACUGGUGAAAAUGACUCUGGAUCAGUGUGGAGGCAUCGAUAUCCUGGUGUCCAAUGCAGCAGUCAACCCUUUCUUUGGAAGCAUCAUGGACUCCACAGAGGAGGUCUGGGACAAGAUCCUGGAUGUAAAUGUAAAAUCAGCUUUCCUCAUGACUAAGUUGGUGGUGCCUCAUAUGGAGAAAAGGGGAGGGGGAAAUGUAGUAUUUGUGUCAUCUGUGGGUGGAUACCAACCAAUGCAGGGGUUGGGUCCUUACUGUGUGAGUAAAACAGCCUUACUGGGUCUAACCCGGGCUCUGGCCCCUGACCUGGCUCAGAGUAACAUCAGAGUGAACUGUGUGGCUCCUGGAGUCAUCAAGACCCGCUUCAGCUCUGCGUUAUGGCAAAACGAAGACCUCGUCGAUGAGUUGAAAAAGCAGCUCAGCAUUAAAAGAAUUGGAGAGCCAGAGGAGAUUGGAGGAGUGAUUGCAUUCUUGUGCACUGAGGAGGCUUCCUACAUCACCGGAGAGACCAUCACAGUAACCGGAGGGAUCGGCUGUCGACUCUGACCCUCCACUUACAGCAAAACAAAUUUGCACUUAAUCGUGUGUUUCUGUACAGAUUCUGUUUGUGUUUUCACUACUUCCCCUUUUUAUCUGAAGUAGUGGCACAGCAGAGCAACAAUGAAGCUAACAUGAGAGCUAUUAAAAGACAGGAUACGGGAGCAAGUUUUUUGGCUGAUCUUUUCCUGUGACGUUUUCUAAUCAAAAUCUGGACUUUUUUUUUUUUUUUUUUUU